GGGAGAACUAGAUUGCUGAGCUGCAUACACGCUCAACUAACGAUUGGAAAACAGAUAUUUUUGUUAGGGCAAUGAAAAUAUUGGGCAUGUAUAAUAGGUUUUGAAAUUUUAAGAAAGUCACGUGGGACGAUUUAUGCACAUUUAACUGGAAUUAUGUCAAGUAAAUGGAAAUUGUAAUGAAAACAUCGGAUAAUGCUGAAUGUUGUUCAUGUGCUGACAUUUUUCCUUUGGUGCAUGGUGCUUUGUGCCCAGGGAUCUUUGGCAUGGAAAUUUCCAGGUGUGGGAUACCCUCACUUUAACGUGAUGGCACAGCAGAAUUUCACCAACAACAGUUUGCCGGAAGUUAACAACGACAAGAAAUUCUAUGAGCUUGCAGUCUUCAUCAAUGGGGAGAUUCUCUACCCUUGUAUUUGCAUUCCUGGUUUACUGGGAAACAUCCUCACUCUGGUGGUCUUGUCACAAAAGAACAUGCUUUCUUCUACCAACGCUUUCCUGAGUGCCCUUGCGGUGGCGGAUUUGGUCAGUCUAAUCAACGACAUUAUCUAUUUCUCGGUGAUGGUUUUGUCCAAUUAUAAACCAGAAAUGGCGUAUCACAUCUAUGUUUAUGUGUACCCGUACGCACAUUUUGUGUUCAAUAUUGCCAACUCCGUUUCGUCAUGGCUUACAGUGUCAGUUGCUAUAGAACGUUUUUUGCUGGUUUGUUUGCCCGCAAAAUCUCGAACAAUAUGUACUAGACUACGUGCGAUUGCUGGUACUGUUGUCAUCAACGUCGUUAUGUUGACCGUUUCUUUGCCAUACGCUUUCCGAUACAAAACAAUCAGAACCUUUGACAGUUCUACGAAUACCUCUUCGUUGGCCCUCAAUGUCACUGACUUAUGGCAGGAUAACGCUUUCUCAGUAUACUACUCCUGGAGUUUAAAUUUUCUCAGGUGCAAUAUACCUCUUGUGGUUUUGAUCAUCCUAAAUGCCUGCAUUAUCAAAGCACUCUUGAAACUUCGUGCCAAGAAUAGGUCACGAUAUAUCCAUCGACAGAAAGUAACCUUCAUGCUCAUCAUCAUCAUUAUGAAAUUUCUGUUAUGUACAACUCCUGAUGCUGUUCUGUCGACGUUUUAUGGGUAUGGCUAUACAGAGGACGAUUACCGUGUUCGUGGUAUUCGAGAGUUUACGGACAUGCUGCUCGCUUUGAAUGCCGCUACCAACUUCGUCGUCUACUGCGUUUUGAGCGUGACAUUUCGGUUGAACUGCAAGAAGCUCUUCUGCAACAAGGAAGUUCCACAUGGUGCUGCGCGUGAAAAAAGAACAGUAUAUAAAAUUUUAUCGGACAGAUCGAUAUUUUGGAAACAAAACAAAAAAAGCAGUAGUAGCCUUUGAAUAAUCCAUGGCUAACCACAGGGAUCUGUCGCGUAGAGAUAUAGCAUAACACAUUAUAACCACACUCACCAGGUACAGAUGCUGAUAAUAUUUCUUCAGGGAAUGCACAUACCUUUUACCUAUGCAAAUGGAUGAUGUAACCCCAAAUGCUAUAAUUGCCAAUUGGCGCCUCAGUUCUGUGGUCAGUUGGCAUUAAACUCGAUCAAAGCGAGAACCAUUAGAAUGGUGACAUAUUUUCAAAAUCAUGUAGAUUUAAAGUCAAAUCUUUACAAAAUCCAUUUACAUAUGUAAAAUGAUAUGUGCAUUGCUAGCAGAAAUAAUACAAGUACCUAAAGCGGGCGGGGGUGUAUGUCCUACUCUGUGGUGUUAUAAUCUAUAUAAGAUAGAUAUAUGUGAUAAGUCCUUGUGACCAGCUGGGAAAAGGACAAUACGAUACAUGAAAAACGAACAGGUUUGGUGCGUAUAAUUCUAUGGUAUGAAUUCCGUCCCCAUUUCGUCACAGUUCAGGUUCUGGAUAUGUCUAGAAAAGUACAAAACUUAGGCAUUCCAAAUCAAACACAUUGCAAGAACAAAUGUUCCGAGAAAUAAUAUGGCCAAGACCUAAACCAUGUUGAAGCAUGAACAGCGUCUUGCUUACAUCGGAAAAGGGCAUUUUGCAAACUUUGUGUGACGUUAUGAAUUCAUCACUUCUUUUGAUCCGCUCUCAUUGGAUAUAUCAACAGUUUCCUUUCACACAUCAUUCCGACCACACAUUUACGGUGGGAAGUGUACAGAAUGUAACUACCGUAUGUAUUUGUAAACACAUGUACAUCUUCAUGUGACGUGUAGUGGCUCAACACAAUCUUUGAAGGAGGAUUUCAACAACUACGAAAACACAUUCUAGUCUUUUUAUUUCGUUUUAAACUAUUAUGUCUAUAUUACAUGUAAAUCAGUGGAGGUUCAUACCAACAUCAGCCCCAUGCACAUUGAAUGAUAUUUAUUAGAACAGCACGAAAACUCAUUGACAACUGAUUUCUGUUUUAGAUUGUUGUAACCAUGUAACAAGAAAUGUUAGCAUGAUUCAAAGUUUCCAAGUUCAAAAUGUUACUUUCUGCGAUAGAUGCACGGUACAUGUACAUGUAUCACUCUUUACGACUCCUGCCUGUCAAUUAUAUGUCUACCAAUCGCUUUCAUUCACCAUGUCGCUGUUGCGAACUGUCUGCUCAAUCUGCGUUGAACCGUGUGAGCAUCAAUAUGCCGCAUAUGAUAUAUGUGAUAUUUCUUUCAAUUAAUAUCACCCAUUCUUAAGUAAUGUUUUCCGUUGUUAGAUGUUGUAAUCUUGGGAUCGGCUGCGGUAGCCUAGUGCUAGUGGUUAGGGUGCUCGCUUCGCAAGCAGGUUCAAAUCUCGAUCCCAGCGCCGCGUCAAUCAAGCACAUAGUACUUGUUUGGAAUUCUUCGGUAAGCGCCCGGUAAUAAAAGUAAAAGUCACGAGUUCUUCGGAUAUGACCUUAAAAACGGAGGUCCUGUGUCACGGUGAUACAUGUACAUGACAAGAUAAAGUAUCCUCACUGCUACGACCCAGAGCACCAAGCAUUGGUCAAAUGUAUGACACUACACCUAGAGCUGGUGACGCCUCUACACGAUUUAAUAAUACUCUUGAAUGCGACGUAAAACACCAAAUAUGUACAAACUAUAGCCCCGAAGUGCAUGCUUUUUACUCCUAAAGGAAAUUCUUUUGUUUAUUCGAACGUUCCUUGGCCAAUCAGAAUCAAGCAUUAUAUACAAAAGAAUGACAGACAAAAUUAAUUCCAGCAAAGCAACAUACUUUCCUAAAUAUGUCGAGGACUGAUUUUAUAGGUCAAUGAAUAAUAUAAGUCAAGAUAUCGCGUCACCAAAUGUUGCAUUGGGUGCAUUCUAUUGUAUGUUGUUAGAUCAUUGUGUAGUGAUGAGAGUGGUACAACGUAUAUAAUAUUAAUGUGAAUUUUCGUGCUUUUUCUCUGUACUGGUGUAUGAUUUAUAUAUAACGUGAAGUGCAUUCAACCUGUACAAAGGCGGGGAUAUUGAAAAUAAUGAGUUGUGCGACUUUUGCAGGUGCUGCAUCACAAAAAGAUAAAAGUGAUAAAUGGGGAAAAUAACAGAAAUUCGUUUAAUGUAUAUUGGGUUUUCUUUAUUAGGAAGGUGGGCUAUUUGGUGGAUGUAGGGUGGGAGAGUUAGAAAGUCGCUUUUUAAUGCUAUUUUGGCAGAUCCGUACCCUUUUGGGGCUUUAAACCUACCGAAGGAUAUACAUUUAAGGUGAUGCUACUAGCAGGAAAAAUGAAAUAGAUUAAUUCUAAAAAUUACUAUCAAAAUUUUUCUUGUAAUUCUACUUCACACGUAAGCAUUUCCAACAUCGCAUGGUAACUUAAAUAUAACCUCUGCAUGUGAGGCUAUAGAUGAACACCACUGUGUAUUCCUCUUUACACUAACGUAGAUCAAAAAGACUUAGUUUUAAUGAAAGAAUUGACUUACAAAUGUAGGUCUAUAUGCAAAAUACUGGUUCCCAUGGUAUGAGAUUGGAUACGUUUCCUCGGGUGGGCUUGAGAAAUGUCUAGAAAAGUACACAGGUGUUUUAUAAAUUCAUUGUCGUACAUGUACCAGACAGAAUCCGGAAAGUAAAAAUGAAAUAUUUGUUUUGUAAUAGAUAGCGAAUACAUUCGUCUGUGACGAUUGGUCAAAGUCCAUUCUUUAAGUAGUCGUAUAAAUACCAGAUGUAACAAGAGCAGACAGAAACUGCAAACUAUCACCAAAACUCAAAAUCCGCUCAAUUACAAUUAUCGAUUAGUGUAUGCAAUCGUUUGAAAUCAGUGGCUUAAUUGUCACAUAUCUCCUCUAUCGAUCCUCCUUCAACAUUAUCACCUUUCAAAGUAUCAAACCUAGUAUGUUUUGCGAGCACUUGAAUGAUAUUUUGCAUGUGGUACAUGUAUCAAAAGAAUUGCAAUCAGAAAGAAAAACAUGUUCAUUAUUCUCAAAAAUACAAUAUUCUUCAUUGGACUAUUUUCCUUUCGAUGUAUCGUGAUCGUCUAUAAUAAAUGUGAGAUAUUAAUAUAACAUGUUCAUAUUGUUGAAUUUACCAACCCUCAUUGGUGGUACAUUUAUGUAUACAUGUAUAUGUAUUAUUAAAUUUUUCAAAAAUGUU